AUGACUAUGAAUAACUGUCUGGUGCAGUUUUAUGUGUGUGCUUCUCUAGGAGUAUCUGAAUGUUUCAUUUUUGCAGUGAUGUCAUAUGACCGUUAUAUAGCUAUAUGUAAUCCUUUGCAUUAUGCCUCAAUCAUGAAUCUUAAAUUCUGCAAAGGGCUGAUCUUCUGUUCAUGGGCAGGUGGUUUCAUGAGCAUGUUAACUACAUUAGUUAUGAUUUGUCAUUUACAUUUUUGUGGGCCAAACAUUAUCAAUCAUUUCUUCUGUGAUUUUGCACCACUUCUAAAUCUCUCUUGUUCAGAUACCUCUGUUAUACAAACAGAGAAUUUUCUCAAGUCUUGUUCAGUAAUAAUAUGUCCGUUUGGUUUUGUCAUUGGCACAUAUGGGUAUAUUAUAAACACAAUCCUCAAGAUUCCUACAUCUACUGGAAGAUAUAAAACAUUUUCAACUUGUAGUUCCCAUUUAAUUUCAGUGUGUACUUACUAUGGAACUCUUAUUACUCUCUAUGCAUUUCCUGUUCAAAACCUCUCUUCGUUCAAUAAGGCUUUGUCCCUUGUUUACACUGUAGUCACUCCCCUGUUAAACCCUAUCAUAUAUAGCUUGAGGAAUCAGGAGAUCAAAGCAGGUUUGCAAACCAUUUUCCUAAGAUGGUAG